AUGAGAGUGCUCUCCAAGAUUUUCGCCUCAUCUAUUGUCAACUUCGACACUUCGGCUCCCCGCAAAACUCUUGCCGACACGGAAUCUCCAAUAGAUGACGAGAAAGCAAUUGAAGAGUUCAGCCAGCUCCACGACAAGAUCCCAGGCAACAUACUCAAGCCAGACUCGAAAGUGCUUGAUUUCGCCUGCGGCACGGGGCUUGUGGCCCAACAGCUCUGUCCGUUCAUACCCAAAGGUGAGUACUUGGGUAUUGACAUCAACGAGCUGAUGCUUGAGCUGUACGAGGAGAAGGCCAAAGUUCUACAAGAAAAGUAUCCAGAAUUCAAGAUGAAGUCUGUUUGUGCUGAUAUCAUGGACAAAGAUUUCGACAUCAGUUCGUUCGAGAACUACGCCGACCUUCUCAUUUGCACCUUGGCCUUCCACCAUAUCCACGACUACCACAAGGUGGCCGAGGAGCUCAAGCGGAUGGUGAAGCCAGGAGGAUGGAUUUUGAUCUACGACUUCUACAAUGAAGAUCUCGAGAAGGAGGAAAUCACCAGAGAGUUGCAGGAGAAAGGUAUGGCCCGCCAUGGAGUCACCGUGGACGAGAUGAACGAGUGUUUGGAGAAGAAUUGUGUGAAUGUCAGCAGUGCUAGGGAAAUGCGUGUGGAUCUUUGGCAGAAUGAGGUUUUCAUAGAAUCUCACUGCACUGAGGCCGUGAAGCAGCAAUUGAAGUCUGCUCCCCGUAAAGGUGAGCUUUUUCUUGUACCUUGCAGUGUGAUUCUUGGGAUCGCCCAGAAGAAGCAGGGGUGA